AUGGAUACUAAUCAACCCGGCGGGUCGCAGCAUAACGAUAGUACUACUCAGAACUCUGCAAGCACUUCGCAAGCGCAGAGCAAUUCAGCUUCUGUCAGUAAUGUGCCAGCUCAAGCCAUCCCGAAUUACGACUUGAAAUUCACAUUGUUGGGCCAUACUAAAUCAGUAUCAUCAGUCAAAUUCAGUGCAGAUGGUUUGAUGCUGGCGACAGCAAGCGCUGACAAAACUAUAAAGCUAUGGAACACAGAAGAUGGGAAGAUUGAAAAAUCAAUAUCUGGCCACAAACUUGGGAUCUCAGAUAUAGCGUGGUCUUCGGACAGUCGACUAAUUGUUUCGUGCUCGGACGAUAAAACGCUAAAAAGCAAAUGUUUGAAAACCCUUAAAGGACAUUCAAACUAUGUUUUUUGUUGCAAUUUCAAUCCCCCAUCUUCUCUGAUUGUUUCUGGUUCUUUUGAUGAAAGUGUUCGUAUAUGGGAUGUCAAAACCGGAACAUGCAUUAAAACACUGCCCGCUCACUCUGAUCCAAUUUCUGGAGUUUGCUUUAACAGGGACGGUACUCUGAUAUGUUCUAGUAGCUACGAUGGUUUAGUUCGUAUUUGGGACACAGCGAAUGGUCAGUGUGUCAAAACGUUAGUAGAUGACGACAAUCCUCCUGUAUCUUUUGUAAAGUUCUCGCCUAAUGGCAAAUACAUAUUAGCCUCGACGCUAGACAGCGAAUUAAAGUUGUGGGAUUUUAAUAAAGCUCGGUGUUUAAAAACAUAUACAGGGCAUGUCAAUGAAAAAUAUUGCAUUUUUGCCAACUUUUCAGUGACUGGUGGGAAGUGGAUCGUAAGUGGUUCGGAAGACAACAAAAUUUACAUUUGGAAUCUUCAGUCGAAGGAGAUCGUGCAAACUUUAGAAGGCCAUACUGAUGUAGUAAUAUGUACGGACUGUCAUCCAUCUCAAAAUAUUAUUGCAUCUGGCUCUCUAGAAAACGAUCGUUCAGUUCGUAUUUGGAAAUCAGACUUUUGA